UAUUAGUAUAUUCCAUAAAGGUCCUCUAUAUAGGUUUCUUCUUGUGUGAGUUUGCUUUUUGCAUUUUCGUCCUGUCUCUUUUUUUAUCUAGUAACAACCCCCAACAGGAGCUAUGUCAGCCUUCAUCGGAAAGUAUGCUGACGAACUGAUCAAGAAUGCCAAGUACAUUGCCACCCCUGGCAAAGGCAUUUUGGCAGCAGAUGAGAGCACAGGCACCAUUGGCAAGCGUCUGUCUAGCAUCAAUGUGGAGAACAUUGAGUCCAACCGCCAAGCUCUUCGCGAGCUCCUCUUCACUUGCCCCAAUGCCCUCCCCUACCUCUCCGGUGUCAUCCUCUUCGAGGAGACACUCUACCAGAAGACCUGUGAUGGAAAGCCUUUUGUUGAAGUCCUCCAAGAAAACAAUGUCAUACCAGGCAUUAAGGUUGACAAGGGCACUGUGGAGUUAGCAGGCACCAACGGUGAGACCACAACCCAAGGCUUCGAUUCCCUUGGAGCCCGUUGUCAGCAGUACUACAAGGCUGGUGCACGCUUUGCCAAGUGGCGUGCCGUCCUCAAGAUUGGCCCAACCGAGCCAUCCGAACUGUCAAUCCAGCAGAAUGCGCAGGGAUUGGCUCGCUACGCGAUUAUCUGCCAAGAGAAUGGACUUGUCCCAAUUGUUGAACCAGAGAUUCUAACCGAUGGGAGUCAUGACAUUAAGAAAUGUGCUGCUGCCACUGAAACUGUGCUUGCAGCGGUUUACAAGGCUCUGAAUGACCAACAUGUUCUUCUGGAAGGAACACUCUUGAAGCCCAACAUGGUUACACCAGGCUCUGAUAGCCCAAAGGUAGCACCUGAAGUGAUUGCUGAAUACACAGUGACAGCACUGCGCCGAACGGUUCCACCAGCAGUACCGGGGAUUGUGUUCUUGUCGGGUGGGCAGAGCGAGGAACAGGCAACUGUGAAUCUUAAUGCGAUGAACAAGUUGGAGGUGUUGAAGCCAUGGACGCUUUCCUUCUCAUUCGGGCGAGCUUUGCAGCAGAGCACACUGAAGACAUGGGGAGGGAAGAAGGAGAAUGUGGGGAAAGCUCAGGAGGCAUUCUUGACGAGGUGCAAGGCCAACUCGGAGGCCACUCUCGGCAAGUAUACUGGUGGGGGUUCUGGUGGAUUGGCUUCUGAGAGUCUGUAUGUUAAGGGGUACAAGUACUAAUAUUAAAUAUGGUUUUCCUGGAAUUGAAUGACUCCAUUCAUGUGUCUUGCAUAGUGUUUUUAUGUAAGAAUACAUCCUAUCAUCAAUUAAAAAAUGACCACACACACACACACACACACACACACACACAUAUGAAGAAGUAUCAAAACAAUGAGAGUUCUUAUUAGGUAUGAUGGAGUCGAUUCAAAUUCAGGAGAUGCUCUGACAGAACUCCAACUGUAUCAUCAAAUAUGUCUUGUAUUUUCCCUUGUAAUACAUGUUCUCAAAGCCUUUUCAUGUGAUAUUUGUACUCUUACGUUUAUUACUUGGAAAUGAUUUCUCAAUGGCAUUGCCAUGUUUUAAUUUUC